AUGGGUGAGUUUCUCCCGCAUUUCUUCUUCCGAACAUCCAGAUUUGCAGAAGAGUUCAAGAAGAUGAUCACGGAGAUGUACGAGAUGCGCCGAACGGGCCGUUUCGAGGACUUCAUGAAGAAGUUCACGACCCAGGACUGCUGCUUCAUGAGCUCCAUGCACGAUCCCGUCGACUGCCGAGGUACUCCGUUGGACGCUUUUGAAAUGCGGUCGUUUCCAGGCGCCAUCAACGUCUUCAACCAGCCACAGAUGAAGGAACUCUGGAACAGCGUCCACGACGUCAAGCUCGAUGACGUCAAGGUAUUCUGGAUGGAAGAUGCCGAAAAAGUGGGAUAUUCAGAUGAUGAACGACAUGGCCGUCCUUCGCACUUCUUUCACCUGCAAGAUGCGCUCUGGCGAGAGGAAGGGCUGGUGAGAGAGGCGCAGAGAGAUACAGUAUCAUUUUCGUGUCAGGAGCCUGAUGACGAUGGUCAAGGAGGGCGGCAUGUGGAAGAUGCGCCACUGCUGCAACGCCUUCCGUUGUACCGACAUCUGA